AUGCUUCGUGAACUCUACGACAACUUCAGGGCCAGGAUUUCGCCAUCAUAUAAAGAAGUCAAUGUCAACGUUAAGAGCGGAGUUUGGCAGAGUAUUACCAUCUCGCCCAACGUUUUCACUGCCGCUCUCGAGAAUAUCAUGCGUGAUUUGGAAUGGGAAGACUUGGGAGUGAAGAACACCGAACAUCGAGCAGGUGGAACGAAUGUUGGCCGAAUCAGACAGUGCUUCUGGGAAGAUCGGCUCAAGACUGAACCUAAUGAAGAAGAUGCUCAUGAUGAACGGAUUGGUACCUCAUGCUCCUUUUCGCUCGAUGAAACGAAUGUCUCUGAAAGCCGUAGCUCAGAGUCCGAGUUCCAUUAUCGAAUGAAGACUAAGGAUGCCAUUGCUCACGCCAUGGAAUCGAAGAUUAGGUGGUCCACGCACGUUGUGCGGUAUUGUGAUGACCGUUGA